UCUCGCCCCAGGCAGCGCCGCAUGCUGCUGCGGGGCACACGGCUCCUCUGCCGAAGCACCAGCCCGCUGCGCCUCCGGCCCUCGCGCGCCGCCAUGAACCUCGGCGAGCUCGUGACCGCCCUCAACGAGUUCGCGCCGCCCGCGCUGGCCGAGAGCUGGGACAACGUGGGGCUGCUGGUGGAGCCGAGCCCCCCGCACGUGGUCAGCACCCUGUUCCUCACCAACGACCUCACGGAGGAGGUGAUGGAGGAGGCCGUGCAGAAGAAGGCUGAGCUCAUCCUCUCCUACCACCCGCCCAUAUUCACGCCGCUCAAGCGGGUGACGUGGGGGACAUGGAAGGAGCGGCUGGUGGUGCGGGCACUGGAGCACAGGAUCGGGAUUUACUCCCCGCACACCGCCUACGACGCCGUACGGCAUGGUGUCAACAACUGGCUAGCAAAGGGACUCGGUGCCUGUACCUCUGUCCCGCUGCAUCCCUCAACUGCUCCAAGCUAUCCAACGGAGGGUCCUCACCGAGUGGAAUUCUGUGCAGACAGCACGGAGCAGCUAGAGACACUGCUGUCCAAAAUCAAAGACAUCCAAGGCAUCUCCUCCGUCACUACUCUCCCUGCCAGGGUAGAAGGUGAAGAACAAACACGAGUGAGUCUAAAUUGCUCUCAGAAAGCACUGUUGGAGGUGGUGGCAUUAUUGUCCAAGAACAGCUCCCUCUAUCACAAGACUGAGAUUCUGUUAUUACAAAAGCCUCUUCUUCCACAUACUGGAAUGGGACGUCUCUGCACAAUGAGUGAGCCAGUCUCCUUAUUAACCAUGAUAGAGCGCAUUAAAAGCCAUCUAAAACUACCCCACAUCCGCCUAGCUGUGGGAAAGGGCAAAACACUAGAAUCACCAGUGGAGAAAGUUUGUCUAUGUGCUGGUUCUGGAAGCAGUGUCCUGAAGGGAAUGAAAGCUGACCUCUAUCUCACAGGAGAGAUGUCCCACCAUGCUGUUCUGGAUGCUGUUGCUGAUGGGAUAAGUGUUAUUCUGUGUGAGCACAGUAACACUGAGCGAGGCUUCUUGUCAGAGCUGCGUGACGCACUAGCUACCCAUCUACAGAACAAGAUCAACAUAAUUGUGUCAGAAAAAGACAGAGAUCCCCUCCAAGUGGUAUAGAGGAAAGAAACAGUGACAUUACUCAGUUAAACUUUCACAGUACAUUGUACAGACCUUUCCAAAUGUAAACUUAAUUAAGAUACUCUAAAUUUGUUCAGUUUGGAAUUAUUGUGUUAUAUGCUCCAAAUUUGGGGAUAUGUAGUCAUAUGUCAGAAAAAUCAUAAAUGCUAAUUCUGUGCUAAUGAAGGCUAGUCUACUCAACUGUCAGGCUGUUCUCAAAUAAAGUUACUGUUACUAAUUAACUCCAUAUACUUGAAUAACAACCAAAGUGUUGGUUUGGGUAAACUGUAAAAACCUGACUUAUGUUUCCAUUUUCAAAUUUACACAGCAGUUCUGUCCUACUGCAGCUACAAUUUUGAAAAGGAACAUCUACCAGUUAAGUGAGUCCUUUUAAGCUGUGUUAAUAAAACUGGAUCAUAUAACAAGUCUUUACCUUGUUGAGUUGCACACAGCAACUUAGUGUAUUAGAGUCCCAUGCAAACUCAAUUUAGGGAUUUAUUUCUUUAACUGUAUGUCUUGUUCCAUUUGUAUUUAACUAAAAAGAGGUGAGUAACUCCAGGACUAUCGAUAACAUGAAUACCUCUAAGUAAGCUGAGAAACAGGAAUGGUUCAGCAGCAUAAGACA